GCUCUGAUUACUCGCACACAGGCUGACAAGGUAAAUACAACAGACUCAAGAUACCGGCUCCUUCACAUCAGAAACCAAAAGGUCUUCGUGUGAUUGGGAGUUCACUGCUCAGUGUUCUCGUUUCCACGGUAACAUCGAAUUAUCUAAUUGGCGUAUAAGUAACAGAGCUCCUAAGAGCAAGCACAAGCAAGAACCUGUCACCUCAUACCGCUUCAAUCAUGGUGGACAAAAUGGCUUCUUUCGGACACGCGCUGCUGCGCCGUCGGGUGCUGGACUGCUCCGGGGAGGAAACGCGUUUCGCUCGGUGUCUGUCCACCUUAGAUCUGGUGGCGCUCGGCGUGGGCUCUACACUUGGAGCUGGAGUGUAUGUGCUGGCCGGGGAAGUUGCGAGAGAGAAGGCAGGUCCUGCUAUCGUCUUAUGCUUCCUCGUGGCCGCACUCUCCUCUAUGCUGGCCGGGCUUUGCUAUGCAGAGUUCGGAGCUCGAGUCCCUAAGACUGGGUCUGCGUACUUGUACAGCUAUGUGACGGUGGGAGAAAUCUGGGCCUUCAUCACUGGCUGGAACCUCAUCCUCUCCUACGUUAUAGGUACAGCUAGUGUGGGGCGAGCGUGGAGCUCUACAUUCGAUAACCUGAUCGAGCAGAAGAUCUCGAACUUCUUCAGGGCGUCUAUGGCCAUGAAGGUUCCUGGGAAAGUUCUUGCAGAAUAUCCCGACCUGUUUGCCCUCAUUCUCAUCCUGCUGCUGACCGGGCUGCUUGCUUUUGGAGUGAGUGAGUCUGCUCUGGUGAACAAGAUCUUCACUGGCAUCAACCUGAUAGUGCUGGGCUUCGUCAUCAUCUCAGGCUUCGUCAAAGGCAACACGGCCAACUGGAACCUCACAUACGAGGACUUUGUCAAUGAUACGAAUAUCACCGAACCAGAAUGGGUCGAAAGCACAUUUGGAAGCGGAGGUUUCGCGCCGUUCGGCUUCGGCGGCGUCUUAUCUGGCGCGGCCACCUGUUUCUACGCCUUUGUGGGCUUUGAUUGCAUUGCUACGACAAGUGAGGAAGCCAAGAACCCGAUGCGUUCCAUCCCUGUGGGCAUUGUGGCUUCUCUGCUCAUUUGCUUCUUUGCUUACUUUGGUGUGUCAGCCGCUCUUACGCUCAUGAUGCCCUACUACAAACUCAACACCCAGAGUCCCCUGCCCGAGGCCUUCAGUUACGUGGGCUGGGCGCCUGCGCGGUAUAUCGUAGCCGUUGGUUCGCUCUGUGCCCUUUCGACAAGCUUGUUAGGCUCCAUGUUCCCUAUGCCUCGGGUGAUCUACGCAAUGGCGGAGGACGGGCUGCUCUUCCGUUCUCUCUCUAGGAUGAACAAGAAAACCAAAACUCCGCUGCUGGCGACUAUUGUGUCUGGAAUAGUGGCAGCUCUCAUGGCGUUUCUGUUUGAUUUGGCUGCUUUGGUUGAUCUCAUGUCUAUUGGGACAUUGCUAGCAUACUCUCUGGUGGCCGUGUGCGUUCUCAUCCUCAGAUAUCAGCCAGGCAACCUGAGCUCUUCCAGUCAGACUGAGAAACUGGUGGAGCUGGUCGGUGGGGAGAAGGUGGCUGUGUGUGGAGAUAGCGGAGAUGAAUAUGGCAUAGACAUGGAGGACAAUCCCCGCAAAGAGAAAUUCUCCCUAAAACUCCUCCUGGUUCCUUCCAAAGACUCGCCGACUGAAAUGUCAGGAACUAUUGUCUACGGCACAACCGCUAUUAUCUCGGUGCUGAUCACUGCGCUCUGCAUGGUUUUGGCUCUGCGUCUGGAAGCCAUCUUGAAUCUGGAGAUCGUGUGGGUGACGGCGUGUGUCAUUCUGUUCCUGCUGUGCAUCCUGUGUGUCAUUGUGAUCUGUAGGCAGCCGGAGAGCAAGGAAGCUCUCACCUUCAAGGUGCCUCUGUUGCCCUGGCUGCCUCUCUUCAGUAUCUUUGUCAACAUCUAUCUGAUGAUGCAGCUGGACGCGGCCACCUGGUGCCGCUUCACCGUGUGGAUGUGUGUCGGUUUCGCAAUCUACUUCGGGUACGGCAUCCGGAACAGCACCGAAGCCAUGAACAGCUCCCUCCGAAAAUACGAGCCGGCCCUUCAGAACAAAAGCCCCAUAUACCUCGGCGGUGAGGAGAGUGAAGUGGAGGGCAUUUCUCCUUGAUAGAGAGAGAACGACAGGGGCGUGCUGCCCCACGCAUUUUCGUUGAAGUUACAGAUUUAUUGUGAAAACGUGGCUUAUUUAUUGUAGAAACCACCCCAAACAUCUCAAUUGCUAAAGGGUUCUUUAAAGAACCCUACGUAUUUUCUGUUAGAGGUUGUUGUGCAGCCUUGGCCCUGCUGGUUUGAAUGUACCGUAACGGCCAUAUCGUCCGGCAGACAAUGAGCUGACUGUGUACAGGGUAUUUUAUUUUCGGGAUCAAGCUCCAAGCGCGUCGUUCGCGCACAUUCGGGUCCAAAAUGGUCUCCUUCCACCUCGUGGUUUCCCAGAAUGAGCUUGUGACGCGCAACAGGGACCCCUAGUGUUGAGAAUUUGAAAAUGGCAAUACCGCUGGACAGUAUUUGUGGUCGUUGGUUACUGUUAAACAGAAUAGUUGAAGAAAUGACACUGAAGAAAAGUGAAAAUUGACUGAAAGCUUUUAGAAGUUUUUUAGCAUUGCUAAAAUCCCGUGAGUGUGUGUGUGGAUUGAAUGGUUUCCAUUUCCUACGCGUGACAGCGUGUGUUGGGAUAAUGUUAUCGGCCAAUGUAUGAAAUGCUAGUAUUUCAAAGUGUGUGUGUGUGUGUGAGAGAGAGAGAGUUUUAAAUGUACUCCGAGUAUUUGAAUUAUAUAAAGUUGCACCAGAAUCUGUUCCGUUUUACAAACUACUAAAUUAUUUUUUGGAAAAAAAACUGUUUUAUAUUGAUAUGUAUAGUUUACCCAUCCGACUCCUUAAACUUGAUGAUUUUACUUGGGCAUACUGUAUAACAGUGUUUCUAGACAACAUUUAUGGAAGGUUGCCUUAGUAACUAUUGUUUCUGCCAAAACUACUCGCGCUACCGUUCAAAAGUUUAUUUUUAUUUGUAUUUUUCAAAAUAAUUUAAUACUCCCCAUUCUGAAAGGAUGCCUUAAUUGAAAAGCGACAGGAAAAAAAGGUGUAGUAGUUCAAAUAUUUUUAUUCUCAAUAAUUGCCAUCAAAUAAUUUUCAAAAUAUAUAUAUUAUUGUAAAAUACAUUUUAAUAUAAUUAAAUUAUAUUAAACUUGCAAUGUAUUCCAAUGCUAAAAAGCUGCAUUUUAAAAAUGGUUGUUUAGAGUUAUAAUAUUAUUUCAUAAUUUUAUUUAACAAAUCAUUGUAGCUUUGAUGAUCUGUCAAAAGCAAUUACUUUUGAACGGUAGAGUUAUCUGUACCGACUGCUAAUUUGAUAGUACUUGAUUCUGAAAGCUACUUUUAUAUUGUUUGAAGGAAAUACCCCAUAACGAUCUUUCUUUUUAACUGUGUUAACUGUAAUCUUUGAGCAGAAACUAUGGUUACUGUGCUGACUUACUGUAACACCUAACUCACAGGUCAACGGUGAAACCUUAACUUGCCUGAUAACCUAAUAAAAAGGCGUUCAACUGCCUUUUUUCAUAUCUGAAGGUGUAGAUACUUGAGAAUAAGUGUCACUAUUUUCGACCAGAUUUUUUUUUUUUCCAUCGAAACUUGUUCUUGGCAGCUUGGCUGUUGAGCUCAUGUACUUUUUUGUUUUUUUGUUGUUGUUGUUUAUUGUAGAGAAUUUGUAAUGUAGUGGAACACUAGCUUACUGUUGCUCAGUCGAACUCACCCUGCGCUCUCGUCAUACCUUUUUUGAUAUUUUAACGGUAUGAGUAUUUUAAGCCCUUCGGGAUUCUGAAAUUCAGCCCCUACUCAGACUUCUUUUUACGUUCGGAUCAUCGGAGAGCGACGGAGGCUUGUCUGUGCGACGGAAUAGAGUAGAAGUUGUUUAAAACCACUAUUAUUUUUUAAACGCAUUUUGUCUUUUAAUAUAUCAACAUUACGCAUCCGUUAGAAACGUAUUUUGUAUAGCUUUCUAUAUUACAUUUGUGUUUCGCAAUCGGCUAAAAAAAUGGUUUUGUUUACAUGUUUCCGAAAUGUAACGUUUAGCAUGUAAACGUGUCUGAUGACGCAUUGCUGUCUGAUUCCAGGCAUUUACGAAGUUUCGAUUCGGUUUGGAGAUCGGACGUCUCCCGUAGAUCAGUGCCUGAUGUUUCAAAUGUACCUCAAAGAUGAUUGGUAGAUUUCAAUACGCGCCGAGUCACAUGCCUUUGAGAUACACUUAUAGUGUUACAUGUGUUUAUCAGUAUAUAAAAAAAUAUAUAUA